UUCGACGCCGCAGCCAUUAUAGAUCCCGUUGUGAGUGACCGAGUCUUCGAUAGCUCCUACUAUUUUCCGGGAAAAGUACGCUUCCUAAGCAACGCCGACAUCUGAGAAGCUCUCGUAAAGAUAAACUUCAUUGGGAAUAAUGAAAACGUACAGUAGAAAAAAGGGCGAUGGCCCUAGCAACGUAAUUAUUCACGUGAACGAGUUGUGCCGACUGUGCUUGGCAAAGGAAGAAGAGAUGGUGCCGAUUUUCGACGACGAGACCAUACCGUUGCCUCUUAGAAUCAUGGCAUGCGUCAAUUUGGAAGUUUUUGAGGAAGAUGGUUUACCAAAUAAAAUCUGUCAUCCAUGCAAGUACCAAUUGGAAAAGUCUUACCAAUUUAAAAAGAAAUGUGAAGCUGCUGAUGUUAAGCUCAGGAAACACAUGAAAUUAAUACGUCAGUUGACCGGUCAAGAUGAAGAAACAGAUAAUCAAGAGAAUAACACGGAUGAUUUGAAGGAAGCAUCUGGCAGUGGGAAAUCUAAACAAGUUAAACAGUUAUUAGCUGAUUUAGUGUCAACUAAAGGAACUGGAGGUCAAGCGGAUGGAGAUCCCAUAGAAGUUACAGAAGAAGAAUUGGUUGGUGGAUAUAUUUUAGGUAUGAAUUCAGAAAAUCCAGAAAUGGAAGAAACUAUGUCUGAAGAUCCAGAAAGUAUUACAUUAGUACCAGCUGAAGAAAGAACGGCAAAAGCUCGAUGUACGAUACGUACAACGAGAAUUAAACAAGAACAAGAAUCUGAAGAUGAAGCUGAAGAAGUACAAAGAGCUAUCGCAAAUGCAGAUCAUAAAAAUGUUUACAUGAUGGAGCUGACCAGCAACAGUUCUGGUCAAGGAGAAUCAUUGAAAUUACAACCAAUGGGUGACACAAUAGUUGAAGCAAAUACAGAAUUAAAAGUAUUUCAAUGUGAUAAGUGCCCAAAAGCAUUCACUAGAAGAAUAAUGUUAAAAAGUCAUCAGUCGGUUCAUUCUACUCAAAGAGGAUAUACGUGUCAAGCAUGUGAAAAGUGGUUCCCUACAAGAUCAGCGUUAAUAAGGCACGAACGCACACACACUGGUGAAAAACCGUUUGGUUGUAAUAUAUGUCAUCGGGCAUUUGCACAGAAAGAAAUAUUACUACGUCAUUUAAUGACUCAUUCUGGACAAAAACCAUUCCAGUGUCAACAUUGUGAAAAAAGUUUUACGCAACGCGAAGCACUGAAAGUACAUAUGCGUCGGCAUCAAAAGUUGGAUCCAAACGAUAUUCAACUCCACCAUUGUCAACUAUGUCCUAAAGCAUUUUGUCAUGCAUCAGGACUUAGCAGGCAUUUAGUUACGCAUACUGGUAGAACGUAUAAGUGUGUUGAAUGUGAAAAAUCUUUUACUGAUAAAAGUUCACUUUUAAGGCACAGUCGUAUUCAUGCACCUAAAAAGAUUUUAACGAAUUAAUGUUCAACGAAUAAAAUUGCGUUUUACUUCCAACUGAAGAAAUAAGAAUUUUACUUCUUUGGGUCCAGUUGUAAAUUUUUUAUAAAAUGAAGAGAGUAUACUCUCAUACUUUUAUAAUUACAAAUGAAAAUAAUAAUUGAUAAUGAUCAUUUAUUAUAAUGUACGUCAAAUGAUAUUCAAUUUUAAAUUAUUAUAAAUUAUUAUAAUUUUUUAUAUAUUAACAUACAACUGACCCAUAGAAACUUUGGAUAUCGUUAAAAGGUAUUCUGCCUUUUUUCAAUUCUUAUUUGAUUAGUCCCUAUUUGACAAUUAUUUUCGUUUAUUCUUUCGUUGACUCUUUAAAUAAUGUAUUAAAAAACGAAAAAAAAAUUUCCACUGCGCUACACUAUCUACACUUUUUGUACAAAGUUAUGUAACGAAUGCAAAUAGUGUUAUUUACAAUUAACAUGUAUUAUAUAUUGUUUAAAAUUAGGAAAAAUAUAAAGUUUUCUUUCAAUCAGUUAUAAAGACAGGUUAAAAUAUUUUUUUAAAUAGGCACGUUUUUAAAAGAAAAAUAGAUUGGUCCUUUCAGUGUAUAUUCAUAAAAGACCUUAUGUACUAUGUACACGAUUAAAUAUAUAUUCUAUGUAUAUAUACCUAUAAAUAUACAAUAUAAUGAUGGUAAAUGUUUUUUCAUCUGAUGUAAGUAUCAUUCAUCUUUCAUAUAAGUUUCAAAGAUUAUAUGAUGUUCGAUAUACAUAUACAUAUCCCAUAACUAAUUCUUAAUAACUUUAUUAUUAAAUACAGAAUGAAGUUUAUGUACACGAUCAUAAUUAUUUUUACUUGCUAAAAGUUCGACAGACAAUUUUUUUUAUAUUGAGACUCAUAGCAACAUUAUUAACUUUAUAAAAUGCAAAACUUAUAUACCACUCUAUAAUAUGUAGAGACAUAAUCAUCUAUCCGUGAAAUAUUUUUUUUAGGUAUUGUGUUUGCAAAUUUAACGUUUCAUAUAUAUACUUUUUAAUUUGGUGUAAUAUUAUUAAUAGUUCGAUGGCAUAGGAAACAUUACUGAAACACUUUUCGUCUACUUUAUAUCGCAUAAUAUUUAUAAUUUCUAUCCGUAACACAUCACCCUUCUAUUAAAGCAGUAUAUUCGAAGGUAUGAGUGAACUAUAAAUGUUAAAACUUCAUUAUGUGAUUCACAAAUGCUGUGUUCAACCUUUCAUAAAAGUACGUAAAGUUAUGAUCAUUGGGAUACAACAUUAUUUCUUGCUACUAUCAUUCAUUUAAUGUACAUUAUUAUAAUUAUUCGAAAUUUCGUCUAAUAAAAAGAAAAAAUUGUUAGCAUAAGCAAACAUUAAUAGAUGCUCAUACAAGGGCAAUUUGAAAAAUUCAAGGCUUUUUUUCUUCUUUUUCACUUUAAAAUGUGUUUCGUUUAAAAAAAAAGAACUUAUACAUUUAAGAAAAAGAAAGAAAAGAAAAUGAAAAAGCUGCGAACUUUUCAAAUGAUCCUGGUAAAAAAGUUAUUAAGUACACCGCAACACUAUUACUUUACACGGCAGUAGAGAAAGAAUAAAGAAUCGUUGCGCAAUGUACAUAGGUGAAUAUUCUAAAUGCUCGCUACGAUUGUUCAUAGAUGUCAAGUGCGACAGAGCUCAGUAUUUUCAUUACUAUUAAAAUAUCGUACAAAGUAGCCUAACUAUAUUUAUAGUAUUUUCACAUAAAUUGCCUUAUGAAAACACUAUAUUGAAUAGAUAAAUAUAUUUCAUUCUAAUGCCGCUAUAUCAUAUAAUAGACCAUGAUAUAUUUAAUCAAAUGACAUGAAAUUAUUAUGAGAAAAAGAACGGAACAAAAAAAAAGGAAGAACAAAAGCGGAA